UUUAAGGUGUUUUAUAGAGAACUUAAAAAGUUAUUUACUAUCAAGUAUAGCACAAUGUCGUCUAGUUAUUUUUUAGUUUUGAUCAUUUUAAUGUCAAUUCCAGCAUACUCUGGUCCUACCGAGAAUCCAUCAUCUUCGGAAAAUCCGGCCGGUGACGAGCAAAUUGAUCACACUCACUUCUUGACCGACGAAUGUCGUCGUUUCGAUAGCAAUCUAUUUUUAAAUGAAGAGUUUUCGGAUGUUGUUUUAGUUUUAGAAAAUGAACGAUUCCCCGCCCAUCGUGCUGUGUUAGCCUCACGCAGUGAUUAUUUCAGGUAA